AUGUAGAAAUUGAGGAGAUGUUUUUAGAAGGGACAAUGAGUGUAAUAGGAAGUGAGGUGAUUCCCCUAGAGUAUGAUGGCAUGGACUCGGAGAGUAGUCUGUCUCCAUCUAGUUCGGAGAGGACAGUGGAGGAAAGAAGGGAGCGGGGGGUAGUGGAAAAGGAGGAAGAGGAAAUUCCCUCAAAUAUAAUGGAGGUUAAGGGUAAUGUGGGUAGGUGUUAUGACCCAGAAUUAGACAUAGUGUCUAAAGUGAGAGGGUAUGUGAGUGAAUUGAGUAGUAGGAGCAGCCUUAGGGGGCUAGUAAAUAACUGUUACCUUUCUCACCAUGUGUUGAUUAAGCCUGCGGGGGUGAAUGAGAGAGCAUGCUCAGCACCCUGUGACCAUUGGAUGCCCAUGUAUGUCCAUUAUUUGGCUGCAGGGCUUAGGGCUAGGGGUAAAGGUGAGAAGGGGUGGUACUACUUCAGCCCUCGGUCGUCCAGCAAAGAGAAUUGGAGUUUAUUCACUACUGGACCGUCAUCCAUUAAAGGAUGGAAAGAAAAAUUCUUCUUUGAGGAUGACACCGAGUGGAGUAGGAGGGAUGCCGAAGUAGAACAAUUGUCUGCUUGGAAAGCUAAGAAAACCAAGCAGAACAAUUAUAAGUUGAAUAAGGAUGAAGUGGAAGAAGUAGGUAAGCUGGUGAGGGAAGAAGGGGAGUUAGUGGAUAUCAUGUACCACACCAGCGCAGAGACAAUAAAGGCUGCCGAGCUCCAUGGGCCAAGCUCAUUGAGCGAAGCUGAGAUGGAUAGCUUUCUAAACGUUGUUGGGGGGCUGGCCAUCCCAAAGAAGCCAAGGAAGAAGUCAAAGACUUCAAUUGCGGCAGCAAAAGGUGAGGAAGUGAGUGAGGAGGUGGCGCCACUCCAGAGGAAGAAGAGGAAGGUGGCAAAGCCAGAAGCUAGGGGGGAUGAGGUGGUUGAGUUUGUACCUCGGCCUUCUCCUGCUAAAGUGGAUCCUAAAGUCAGGGAAAGGGAGGAGGUCGAGGUGCGAGGCCCUGGCAAAGGCAAAGAACUCAUCCCUCCUCCUUCGUUCCAGAAAAGUUUGUUCGAAGCAACGAACAUUACUGGGAUGAAGCGCUUCCUCAACGCAACUCUUCCUGAGGUGGAUAGGAGGCAAGUGAGGGAAGAGGCAGUGAGCCAACUGGGGGCUCGCAUUGUAAGGCACUCCCUAGAGGUAAACAAUCUAGCGCAAGAGUAUGCGGAAAGUGUGAGAGAUUGUGCCAACUUGCAGAGGCAGUGUGAGGAGCUGCUAAAAGAGAAGGAAGAUACGUUAAGCACGAGACUUGUCUUCGAAGAGUGUAAAAGGAAGAUCUGCGAAGACAAGAUUGAGGCUCAAGACAAAUAUAUUGAGAAGAUGAACAAGAGGAUGGCUGAACUGAAGAAGAAUGUGCAUCAACUGGUUCACAACGAGAUGGAGGAGCAUAUUGGGAACUUCCUCAACUCCAGCAUCUUCAAGAACAUCAUCAACCUCUACCGGCUGCCGAUCGCAAUUUUGGCCUUCACCGACUGUAGAAAGAAGCGUGACGCAGAGGGACGCACUAUUUUUCCUCCAACCUUUGAUGCUGAGUUGGUGGCCGUAGAGGAAGAGGAAGGAGUGCAAGAUACUGAAGUGAAGAACCAGAUAGAUCUGGCCGAAGUCCAACCUCCUGAAGUUCAUCCAAUUUCCUCUGGUGAAGAGCAGCUAGCUCCUCCUGAAGCAGAAGUGCCACCUCUACCUGCUGGGGAUGAGCCACCUUAACCACCUCUUCCUGCUAAGGAGCAACCUCCUCCCUCAGCAAAUUAGCUUAGGAUUUUUUUGUUUUAUUUUUGUUAGUUGUGUUUGUAAUAAACAACAAUUUUGUAAUUGAUUUUCAUUAAUUUAUAAAAUUUUUGAAGUUAU